ACAUUGAUGAAUGUUCAGUGAAUGGGCUGCUGUGUGACAACGGGCUCUGCCGAAACACCCCUGGAAGUUACAGCUGCACUUGUCCAAAGGGUUAUGUGUUCAGCACCGAGACAGACACGUGUGAAGAUAUAAAUGAAUGUGAAAGCAACCCAUGUGUCAAUGGUGCUUGCAGGAAUAAUCUUGGAUCUUUCAGUUGUGAAUGUUCCCCUGGCAGCAAGCUGGAUUCUACAGGACUGAUAUGUGUUGAUAGCCUGAAGGGGACUUGCUGGCUUAACAUCCAAGACAGUCGCUGUGAAGUCAACAUCAAUGGUGCUACACUGAAAUCUGAAUGUUGUGCUACUUUAGGAGCAGCUUGGGGCAGCCCAUGUGAGCGAUGUGAGCUAGACACAGCUUGCUCAAGAGGAUUUGCCAGAGUGAAGGGUGUUGCCUGUGAAGAUGUGAAUGAGUGUGAUGUUUUCCCGGGGGUUUGUCCCAAUGGGCGAUGCGUUAACAGCAGAGGCUCGUUCCACUGCGAGUGCCCCGAAGGACUGACACUGGAUGGAACAGGGCGAGUGUGUUUAGAUAUUCGCACGGAGCAGUGCUACCUGAAAUGGGAUGAAGAUGAGUGCAUUCAGCCUGUGCCUGGCAAGUUUCGUAUGGAUGCCUGCUGCUGUGCUGUGGGGGCUGCCUGGGGCUCUGACUGUGAAGAGUGUCCUAAGCUUGGUACCAAGGAAUAUGAGACUCUGUGCCCAAGAGGUCCUGGGUUUUCGAGCAGGGGAGAUACUCUAACUGGCAGGCCAUUUUACAAAGAUAUCAAUGAAUGUAAAGUGUUCUCUGGUAUGUGCAUGAAUGGUAAAUGCAGAAACACGAUUGGAAGCUUCAAAUGUAGAUGUAACAGUGGGUUUACUUUAGAUAUGGAGGAAAGAAACUGUACAGAUAUUGAUGAGUGCCGGAUCUCGCCAGACUUAUGUGGAAGUGGUACUUGUGUCAACACUCCUGGAACCUUUGAGUGUGAGUGCUUUGAUGGGUACGAAAGUGGAUUUAUGAUGAUGAAGAACUGUAUGGAUAUUGAUGAAUGUGAACGUAACCCUCUGCUGUGUAGAGGUGGCACAUGCGUGAACACUGAAGGGAGUUUUAAGUGUGACUGUCCUUUGGGACAUGAGCUGUCACCAUCACGUGAGGAAUGCAUAGAUGUAAAUGAGUGCUCAUUAAGUGACAGUCUCUGCAGAAAUGGCAAGUGUGUGAACAUGGUUGGAACAUACCAGUGCUCCUGUAACUCUGGGUACCAGGCCACUCCUGACAGACAAGGCUGUGUAGACAUCGAUGAGUGUAUGAUAAUGAACGGAGGCUGCGACACCCGUUGCAGGAACUCGGAGGGCAGCUAUGAAUGUAGCUGCAGCGAUGGCUACGCUCUGAUGCCAGACGUCAGGACCUGUGCAGAUAUCGAUGAAUGUGAAAACAGUCCAGAUAUCUGCGAUGGUGGGCAAUGCACUAAUAUUCCAGGGGAGUAUCGCUGUCUCUGUUAUGAUGGAUUUAUGGCUUCAAUGGACAUGAAAACUUGUAUUG